AUGAUUUAAGAUUAAUUUUUGUAAUUAUUGAAGGACAAUUAAUUGAACAAUUAAAUAUGUGAAGCAUACUUAAUCCAAAAACAGUAAAUAAUUAAGUAAUAUUCUAUUAUAUUAUAAGUAAUAUAAUAUCAUAUUUUUCCAAUAUUAUUGUUUAUGGACCAAUUGCCUUAUUAAAUGCAGAAUAAAUUUGUUCCACAAAAUUAUCAUAACAAUAUGUCACUGUACUCAGAAAGAAUUAUGAAACUUUAUUAUGUUUAAAUGAAUAACAAGAUGACAAAAAAUUAAUCUCUUAAACUUAAGAUUCUUUUAAAACAUAUUUUUAAGAAUAAAUACUUGAUCACUAAUAUUUAAACUUUUUGAAUGAUUUGAAAGAUAACCCAUAUAUUUAGAAUUUAACUUUAAAUUAAUGGUUAGAUUAAAUUUAAGAGUUCAUUGAAAUCUCUACUAUUCAAGAAGUAUAUUAAUUUAUUAGUAAUUUAAUUAGAUAAACUAGACUUAAGUAUUGAAAGAAUAAUUUUAGAGCGGAUAUUAAACAAAAGAGAGGAAAAGGUUUUAAUAAUUAUAUUUUUAGUAUUUUCAAUUAUGAUGGUGAUGAAGAAAGAACUCCAUAAUAAAGUGAAGAAGAUGAAUAAAAUAAGAAUAAGGUAUAUAAUAUUAAAUCAAUAUUAGUAUUAAAAAAGCAAAAAAGAUAAAGAUAUUCAAAUUGAAGAAGGUGAUGAAGAAGGUUAUGAGGCAAGUAAUUCUGAUCAUAAAACUAAAUAAACCAAAAUGACUAGAAGAAGAAGAAAGUAAACUAAUAAUUAAGAGUUUGAUACCGAUAGAGAAAAUGUAAUAUUUAAUUAAUAAUAUAGAAAUAAAAAGUUUGA